UGCCGCCGGUGCCUCGCCCCGCACGGGGCGGUUGCGGGCGGGCGACGCGUCCCCGUCUGCCCCCCACCGCACGCUGCCCGGCGGAGAGGCGGGGGUAGCUGCGGCGGGGGAAGGGGCAGGGGCCGGCCCCGGCCGGCCGCUCGGCUAAAAACAGCCCUCGCCUAAUAAAGCGAUGGGGCCCGGUGCCCGCGCCCUAUAAAUACGCUCGGUGCGCGGCUGGCGGGCUUUGGCCGGCGCGGCUCGGCUCGGCUCGGCUCUGCGGGCGGGGCGGUGCAGCCAGCACAGCAGGGCCGCCACUGCCGCCGCCAGGACAGCCCCGGCCCCCGCACCCCGACACCCCAGCGAGAUGCCCCGGGUAGACGCAGACCUCAAACUGGACUUUAAAGAUGUCCUGGUCAGACCUAAAAGGAGCAGCCUCAAAAGCAGAUCAGAGGUCGACCUCACGCGCACCUUCACCUUCCGUAACUCCAAGCAGACAUACACAGGAAUUCCCAUUAUAGUGGCAAACAUGGACACCGUGGGGACGUUUGAAAUGGCUGUGGUUAUGGCAAAACAUGCAAUGUUCACUGCAAUUCACAAGCAUUAUUCUCUGGAAGAAUGGAAACUGUUUGCUGCCAAUCACCCAGAAUGCCUUGAGCAUGUAGCAGCAAGCUCAGGUAGUGGACAAGAUGAUUUGAACAAGUUAACAAGGAUUCUAGAGGCCAUUCCAGCUAUCAAAUUCAUCUGCCUGGAUGUGGCAAACGGCUAUUCAGAGUAUUUUGUGGAGUUUGUGAAGUCUGUCCGUGCCCUGUUCCCACAUCACACCAUUAUGGCAGGCAAUGUGGUGACAGGAGAGAUGGUAGAAGAACUUAUUAUUUCUGGAGCAGAUAUUAUUAAAGUGGGUAUUGGACCAGGUUCUGUGUGUACCACUCGGAUUAAGACAGGGGUGGGCUAUCCCCAGCUAAGUGCUGUUAUUGAGUGUGCAGACUCAGCACAUGGCUUGAAAGGACAUAUCAUCUCUGACGGAGGGUGCAACUGCCCAGGAGAUGUCGCCAAAGCGUUUGGAGCUGGUGCUGACUUUGUCAUGAUUGGAGGAAUGUUUGCAGGCCAUGACCAGAGUGCUGGAGACAUUAUAGAAAAGAAUGGCAAGAAGGUGAAACUAUUCUAUGGAAUGAGCUCUGAUACAGCCAUGAUGAAGCAUGCAGGAGGGGUUGCUGAAUACAGGGCUUCGGAGGGCAAGACUGUGGAGGUACCAUACAAGGGGGAUGUGGAACACACCAUCCUGGACAUCCUCGGGGGGCUGCGCUCCACCUGCACCUACGUGGGAGCUGCCAAACUCAAGGAGCUGAGCAAGAGAACGACGUUCAUCCGGGUCACCCAGCAGCACAAUGAGGUCUUCUCUUAGCCUAGGCCUGGGGGGCUGGAGAGAGGGGUGGGGGAGAAGAGCAGGAAGGGCUGCUCUUUUCCUUUGCUUUCUCCUCCAUGUUGUGUUAGUGGCAAACUUCCCUCUCUCUCUCAGAAUGGCAGUGUUGUAGCCUUUGAAGUGGCUAUGGCUGGGAUUUGGAAGGGGAAGGUCAUGCUAUUAACACAGUGCCAUUGAUUCAAAAUGCAAUAGCCUCAUCUUUUAUUGUUGUGCCUAUUUUAUUUUUUAAUCAACAUUUCUUAACCUGGUUUUUUCCCCCCUCUGAUAAAUAGCUGCUGAAACCUCAGUUAACAAGGAAUUGGCUUGUACAGACAUGGCUGUUAACGCCUGCACACAUUCACACAUUCCCUUUUUUAAGACUGACCUGUCAGCUACCACCACUUUCUGGCAGUGCACCUUUCAGAAAUUGCAGGCUGGAAGAGAAAAAGAUGCAAGAAAUUACAUGGAGAAAUAAAAAAGCAAAUUCUCUUAGUCUUUUUUUCUGGCCAAAGAAUGGAUGUUACGGCACAGCUGCCAGCCUGCAAAAUGUCAGAGGUGGAUGGUAGAUGAGGCCUGGCUGCUGGUGACAUGUGAUGCUAAGAAUGCCAGAUCUCUGUCACUCUCAGUUCACAGGGCUGUUAUUGCUGUUCUUACUUAAAUCUCCCUAUUCAAUGGACUUGCCCCUUCAGAGAAGCUGGCACUGAAUGUAGCAAAACCGUGCUGGCCCCUCUGCCCCCAUCUGAGGAGAUCAUUCAGGUGAACACUUUUCAGAGCUUGCCUGCUUUAUCAUGAGUGCAGUUAUUGAAUUACCAGGGUUCCUGCUUUUACCUGGUCUCUGGGAACAGGUUUUUAAGACAUUGAAGUUGUAACCCUGACAAGGGGGGGACGGUUCUUGCAGUCCUCCCUGUUCCCUUGCCUGCUCACAUCCAUUUAGCAAAGACAUAAAAACGCUGUGCAGUGCAUUGUCUGUGGCCAGGUGGAGGAGGCCAGACGGAUCAAAUUACCUUCUGGUUAUGUGGUACCACUCCUUUGCAGUCCUUGACACCAUGCAAAGCAAGAGAGAGCUUUUGGCAGAACAGCCUGAUUGAUUGCAAGACACUGUCAGGCUGAGAUGAAGUUAAAACAUUUGCUCUAACGGCAAUAAUGGAGACUCUGGGUAACACUUCAAUAAAGUGUAAUGGCCUGCUAAUUAAUUGAUAAAUCACAAUGAAAAUUUCUUUGGAAAUACAGGUUGCAUCCACAUGAAUACCACAGUAGCUCAAUAUGAUAAAUGAUGUAAAAGUGAGCACCAAUGAAUUAAUAAUGCUUGGCCACUUACUUUAAACUGCUGCUGAGAUCAUAAUGUGGCUGAUGUUACUUCAGUACUUCAGAGUCUUAUUUUCCCCUCCUGUAGACAUCUGUGGAAAGAGGCAGGCUUCCUUUGAAAAGCAAAAAAGUGAUCUGUAGGAAAAGGAAUAGCAAAGAGAAACUCUAGAAUUAAACUCAUACGCUGGACUGCUCAAAAAGCCAUGCACAAGGAUUGGUUCAAUUGUCCAUGCUGAGAAGCAAAUCCAGGCCACAAGCUGAUCCCUGGUGAUUUUGAAGUGUGUUGUGCACAUUAGAAAAAGCACAGGAUAUCUUCUAAAUUGCCUGGUAUUUUAAAUGUCUUCCAUUUAACAUGCAGGGCAUACUUCUUAAUUGUGGGAUGACUCCUUCCUCUGCUUUGGAAGUGGAUAAGGGCUUGAUGUGAGCACAGGUUAUGCUUGUGCUGGCUGCAAGGACCAUUUGUCCUGCCCACUUAUCAUAAAGAAACGUGAAUGCAGAUGAGAAGCAGGCCCUGUGAAUCCAGGUGCUGAUCUGUGUUCCCUCCAGCCUGGAAGCAUCAUGUUAAGAAAAUGCCAGGCUUCUUCGCCACAAAAAGGCAGCGUAGGCCACCUACUGCUCUCAGCUGCACUGGGCCCAGAGCAUGGGCAGUGUGACCUCUCUGCCUCAGUAAGGCUGUGGGACAGCCCUGCUCCUCUGUGUCAUGGGAGGGGGAGGGGGUACAGAAGCAAACAGACACUUCUGACAGGAGUGGGGUGAGACUGCCCUGGCCCAGGCCUGACCACAGGUGUGUCUCCACACUGGUGCCUUCACACGUGGGAAGUGCAGCACUCUGCUGGUCUCAUGCCCACUCUUGCUAGCGCUUUUCUACUUUUUUUAGCUACAUUUCUAAGUGGAAUUUAAGAAAUACAUAUGCAUAUAAAAAUAUAUAUAUUUGUAAACAUUUUUUUUAAAAGAUCACACGCACACCAAACCGAGCAGCUCCAUGAUGUCCUCGGAACAGUUUCUUUUCCAAAGGGCAGGUGCUGGGGGCAAGGGGAGGCAGCCUCUCCACAACUGUGAAAAAUGGGGCCAUUCUUAUACCUGCUUUCCUUCCCUUCCCCUCCUGCACAUACCUCUGAUCAGUCACUAAUACAAGAGGGACAGGCUAAUCUUAAGUUGUCCCCCAAAUUCUUCAGGCUGUGAAUGAUAUUGAUCCCAUGAAUAGUGACUGAUAAAGUUUUGAUGUCAGGUAUUUGGUUUUCUGCAUAGCAGGUCUUCCCAUUGUUUUGAUAAGAAGCAUGAUUUCUUUCAUUUUCUCCUCUCCGAAAGUGAGCAGGAGAGAAAAAUGAGACACAUGAAGGCUGACCUGGCAUGUCUGCAUCUCGCCCAGUUAUAUGUGAAUUUUGUUCAGGAAAACCCUCAGUUAUGUCAGUGCUCACCAUUGACACUGUACAUGUGCAGCUCUGAGACAGGCUGGAAAUUUUACAAAAAAAAGCAAACGCUUGAGUCCCCAUUUAACACCUAUUCCUGUGCUGCAGUAGUUGCCCUUAUCUUCACUUAGCUCCAGGUCCUGUACCCUGCUCAAGCCUGCUGCCACUCCCACAAGGAACUGAGGCAGAGGGAGCUGGGAACACACUUUGUCUGGCAGGAUGGUCCAAGUCAAGACCACAACCACUGACAAAUGCCAUGUACCAUUUGUGGAUCUACCUCACCUGCACAUCUAACUGGGUUUUUUGUUAUUUGGUGUUCUUCUGUGGGAAAUGAAAUUUGUAAGUGCUUAAUAAUGCUUGAUGUUGAGUUAUUCUGCAUAACCAGGUCUUCUCUACCCCUACACCCCAACCCCAUCCUGUCCAGAGGAAUGCUGUGCAUGUCACAGCCUGUGCUGUAGGCCAGGGCCAUGCCUGCUUCCCCCAGACAGGCAAUUGUUGAGCUCCCAAGGGCAAUGUUGAGGUUCAGCCCACGGGCUCCACAGGGGUGCAGUUUAACACACCAAAGACCUACAAGUGGGGAUGCUGAAAAGGGCAGCGUUACAUCAUUAAGCAAUCCCUGCUGAGCGUGUCUGCCUGUGGCUUCUUGAAACUUAAGGACACCUCUAACAUCCCUGGCACUCCCAGUCCUGCUCUGGGGUUGCCUUGCUGCAGCACGUUUUGCAGGGUGGGCUCCUGCCUGCACAGCCUGGCUUGCUGGAACUCUCCUUGGGAGGGAAGGGCUUGGCACAGGAGCAGCCUUACUUGCUCCCCGGUGACUGUGGUGGCUUCGAGGAGUGCAUGUGGACACCUCUUGUAGGUGUGAGCAGUUGUUAAAGGGCUGGGCCUCGAGCCAGCAUCGUGACAGAUGCAAAACAAGCCACACAGGUCUCCUUUCUCUGGAAGAAACACAUUCCAUCUGCUCAUUGGAACAGCCAGUCCCCAUCGGCCAUGGGGCAGGGGCUUUGGCUGUGCUUCCAUGCAGCUUUCCUCUCUCUUAGGGCAUAGUGGGGAUGAAUGUAGGAUGGGGACACCCUGUAAAUGUGGAGAGUUGUAAGCAGGGUCAGAAGAAGCCUCUGUUUGCCUUUGGAGGAGCUUUUCCCAUACAAAAUACGCCUGUCUCUUCCUUUCAGCUAGUCAAUAGCAGGGGUAGAAAGGAUGGGAAUAAGGAAGAAAUGCGGCAGCUGUUGGCCAAGCCCCACUGUGUUGGGACAGCUGCUUUCAGUCAAGGACAAGAUGAGAGUUUAAAGCUUUUCUGAACCAAGCACUCCCUACUUUGUACCUAUUGAACUCCACUCUCGUAACAGACUUGUUGCUACAGCUUUCUGCCAGUGUAUGUACAGUGUCUAUCCAUCACCAUCUCACAUCCCCCACUAAGGGAUGGUGCUGUUUAGUUGCUAAUACCAGUUUUAUACCAAAAAUUCUUUUUUGGAGCCAGGAGGGCUUUUGCAACCAGUGCCUUGUGUAGAAGAGAGGGGGGAAAAAAAAGCCAAGGCCCAAGAACAGCAGUUUGCCUUCUGCAGCAGCCAGGCCAGCACGUGGGAGUGGGCCAGCCCUUCCCUGCAGGCUGGGAGCUGCCAGGGGUGGUGGGGUUGAAGCAUGUCUUGAGUGGAUGCUGGCACAGCUCUGCACCCCUGACACAGGACAGACCACCCCCUGCAGCCUUCACUUCAUUUGUGGUCACCCAGAUGCUUAAGCAAGCCCUCCACAACAUUUAUUUGACCCAAUGUUUACUGGCUGAAGUUUUCAUACAUAAAUCAUCAGUUCAGAACUCCCUGGCAUUGCCUGCGAUAACUGUGAAGCGCUUCUGUGCAAUUGGCCAAAAAGCUUUUGGUGUUUCGCUGCCCUGCUUGGCCUUGCUGAGAUGGUGAUGAGAGCACUGCCUCCCUUCCCUCUGCUGUGGCAUCCGCAUGCGUGCGGCCCAAUCAUCCCAACUGCUCCAAGGUUUUUGUUACACAAUAAAGAGCUUCACUCUGACA